GAGGAAUGAAUCGGUCAAACAGAAUGAUUUGGGUCAGCGUUGAUUUCUCUCGCCGAUUCUGGGCCUAAAGAUGUGCUGUCAAAGGCCAACGACUUCCUUAGAUCAUGUGAUUAAUCAUGAUAUCGUCUUCCCGAAAGAAUAAGACAUCGCUCGGUGUUGCUUGCUUGCUUUUGAAGUCCACACCGUCGAGCCUACGUAAGUUUUCCCAUCGCCACCUCUUACGUCCGAAUGCGCUCCUCCACGAUGGCCAAACGCCUCCGUCUCCGCUUGUCCCGUGUGCUACCCUCCGGCUUCCGCUUCAAGGGCAACGGCGCCGCUUCCUCGCUCGUGAGCUCCGACAUCGACUUCCCUGCGCCCCCGCCUCCCCUCCCCCGGCGCCUCCACCCUCCACUCGUCUCUGCCUCCUGCUGCCUCCCCUCCCGCCGCCGCUCGCUGCCCGAAGCCGUCCCCCCGCUGACGAUGGAUUCGCCUGCUUACCUGUGGCGGAAGGAGGAGAAGUGGUGGCACGUCGUGGCCUGCGCCGCCGACGACGAAGGCCACUCUCCCUCCACUCCUCGCCAGAAGAUUGACUCCGAUGAUGGGAUCUUCCCCCCGCUGCCCACGCGGCGGCGGGGAGCGGAGCUCCGCUGGGGGAGCCAGCGGAAAGUGGCGUCGAGGAGGAGGACCUCGCUGCGGCGACUUCCGCGGGGCGGAAGCAACUCCUCGGCCGACACCGACAGCGGAUGGUUCAGCAGCGAGGAGGAAACAGGGACGCUGAUGUCGACGACGGACGUGGAGUCCUCGGACAACGUGAUACGGCGGCGACGGAGGAGAAAGAGCUUCGGGUGCGGCGGGGGGAGGAGGAGCUGGCCGUCGCCGGAGGGCUGGCCAGCGGUGGGGAGGCUGAUCCCCUGCACCGUGCCGGCGGUGAGGGAGAGCUUCGCGGUAGUAAAGCUGUCGGAGAAUCCGAAGGAGGACUUUCGGCGCUCGAUGGCGGAGAUGGUAGUGGAGAAGGAGAUCUUCGACGCGCGAGGGCUGGAGCAGCUGCUUCGCUGCUUUCUGUCCCUGAACUCCCGUCACCACCAUGCCGCCAUCGUCGCCGCUUUUAAUGACAUCUGGGACGCCCUCUUCCCGCCGCCGGCUGAUGCCGCCGGCGCCGCCCGCCGCUGCUCUUCCCCGCAGUCAACGUUAUGGUAAAGGAGGAAGUCUGAGGUAUCAGAAUAAUAUGCGUGUGUUGUUGGUGUGGUUGUGGGCUUGUCACAGUGCUGCCAGUGUGGGGAUGCAUGCGGAGGAAGACAACAGAAUUGGAUUCCGUAAAUGAGUUGCGAAUUGAGUACAUUUCUUGUUGCAGAGAGAAGAGCAUAGAAUGGAUACCACUAGGAAGCUACAAGAAUGAAAAUUAAACUGCUGUAAAUUGUAGAUAAACCUCGAACUUUGAGGUCAUCCCUGCAACCCGCAAGAACAUCGCAACUACAAACACUAAAAGCUAGAAAUCAUAUAGUUACUCGAAAAAUCCAGGACUGCAACCGAUGAGAUGUUUGAGUAGUCUCAGAAAAAGAGCCAAAAGUUGGAAAUCGUGGCUCUAUCUAAUACUUAAGCAGACACGCAAAGCCCAAACAGAGAUCAAUCCGAAAUCGAUACCCGAUCCAAGAUCGGGUAACCUUGAUAGAAGUGAUGCGUCAUCAAAGCGGAUGUAGAAAUCUAACGAAGUUAAGAAAGAGAUGAUCAUCUUAAACCACGAGUAAGAUGCAAUAUGCAUUCGAUUCCAUCUAAAAUAUUUACAGGAAGGAAGUAAUCAGCAGUAAAGGUGAGAGACCCCUGAAAGUUCAUAUCCUGCAUCGCGAGGAAGAAAGACAUUUCUUUCGUUCCUUCUCUUUCAAAGCAUCGUCCAAAGCUUAGUUCCAACAUCUUUGUUGGAUGAACUUUCACUCGGAGCACAUGGAGACUCGCUGCACGCUUUAGUGGGGCACCAAAAUUUUGGACGGAACUGCUGUUGGCAUCAUGGCCGCACCACAGAAGCAAGGAUAAGAAUGCAAGAGCUGAUGACA